AGGCUAUCGAUGACAGUCGCCGCCAAAUACGAUUGGCCAUGCCAAUCGAAUCUGAAAUUUAGUGUUGCUUACAGCUUGAAACCAAGGCUUUUUUUACAGCUUGAAACCAAGGUUUUUUUUAAUUGCAAAAUGGAUACACCGACGCCAACUACACCGACGAGGGUACCACGAACAACGACCACCUCCAUGGCCGCCGAUAACGACAUGGAGGACAUUCAACGCCUGCUAAACCUUGAGGCGAUGUGCCGCUUCCAGGAGGACGCCCAGAAUGUGCAGCGUCAGGUGCAGGAAAAGGCUCGCGAAUGGCUGGACGUCAAGUACGAAUACCAGCAGGAGUAUGCCCGCCUGGCGCGCCUCAUCAAAUGCAUCGGAAUGCGCGUGGCCGUGGACACCAGGUCCAGCCGUGUGGACCAGGACAAGCUGAAACAGACCCUUAAAAUGCUUAACAGCCUGCGAACGAAGAUAGCCAGCGAUGUGCGUCCCGCCAGUCUGGACGCGGGCGUUGUGGAUCAGUGCCAGCAGCAGCUGGACACGGUCCACAAGCCGCGCACGCAGCUCAGCCGGCAGAAGUGGGAGUUUGCCGAGAUUCAAGAGGCGCUGCAGGAGCUACGCACCUCGGUGGAUGGCCUGGAGAACGGACUGGAGCUGCACACAAUGCAGGCCAUGGAUCAAAUGGUGGCCGAACUGCUGCCGCCGGCUGAAAAAACCGAUGACUAGGAGGAGGACCAAGGAGGAGUCAUUAUUAUACACGUUUAUUCACGUUUAUUAUACCUUGCAUUUACACAAUUAUAAAAAAAAAACCAA